AUGCUGCCCCCCAGGACUGCACUCCUUUUGACUCUGCUCUUGGCUGCAGCCUCUCUGGGCCAGAGGGCUCGCAGACCCCCUCGGCCCCCGUCCCCCAUCAGCACCAUUCAGCCUAAGGCCAACUUCGACGCUCAGCAGUUUGCAGGGACGUGGCUUCUCGUGGCCGUGGCCUCCUCGUGCCGCUUCCUGCAGGAGCAAGGCCACCGGGCUGAGGCGACCACAUUGCAGGUGGCUCCCCAGGGUGCAGCCAUGGCCGUCGGCACCUUCCAAAAGCUGGAUGGGGUCUGCUGGCAGGUGCAGCAGCUCUUCAGAGACACGGGGGUCCCGGGCCGCUUCCUGCUCCAAGCCCGAGGUGCCCGCGGGGCGGUGGACGUGGUCGUCGGGGAGACGGACUACCGGGGCUUCGCCGUCCUGUACCUGGAGCGGGCGCGGCGGCUGUCGGUGAAGCUGUACGGUGCGUCCGCGCGGGAGCUCGGGCUUGGCACACACUUGGGGCCAUCCCGGUGGGGCUGUGCGAGCCGAGGUGGACACACAGACCUCCCUUCCCUCCCUCCCUCCCAGCGUCCUGCCCCUCUCCUGCUGAGCAGGGGCCCAGGGAGAAGCCCCUGCAGACAGGCCCUGGUGUGGGACAGAGAGGGACAGGGAUGGGGCGGGGAGCAGAUGGGGAGACAGCAGAGAGGGGCAGGGGUCAGACAGCGGCCAGGCGUGUCCCAGGCCCGCAGACCCUGUCCCCAGAGCACCCUGCCCACCCCGCUCAGCCCUGUGUGUCCCACAGCCCGCUCCCUCCCCGUGAGCAACUCUGCCCUGAGUGCGUUUGGGCAGCGGGUCCAGGGGGCCAACCUGACGGAGGACCACAUCUUGUUCUUCCCCAAGUACGGUGAGCAUCCUGUGUCCCUCGGCCACCAGCCCUACCCUCCCUGUGUGCGCCCCGCCCGUGCCACCCCUGAUCCCCGCCUGGACCCCCAGGUUUCUGCGAGGCCGCAGACCAGUUCCACGUCCUGGACGGUGAGUGGGCAGCACCCUCCGGCGGUGCCGGGAGGGUGGGCGCCCCGCGGCUCCUCACCGCCUGAGUCUUGUCUCUGUGCCGCAGAAGUGAGCAGGUGAGGCCAUGGCCCCGCGGAGAAGGAGCGGAAGCCCUGGCGGUGGGGCUGCUGUCCCUCACUGAACCCCCGCACCCCACACCCUCUCUCCCAUCUGCCCCGAAAGCUGCCCCUCACCCCCAGGAGCGCGGGGGCGCCGCCUUCAUUAAAUGCCGUCGGUCUCGGGCCCUGACUCCUUCCUUUCCACGCUGGAACCGCCGGGGCCUCUGCCUGCCAGUCAUUUCAUGGGCACGUGGGGCUGCUCGCCCGGAAAAGCCGAAGGGUGGAAGGUCAAGAACCCUCCCCAGGGGGGCAGGUGGAAAGGGCUCCCCCCAAGGCCUAGAAAGCCCGGCGCCCCGCUUUCCCUGGGCCUCGGUGUCCCUUCUUCAGUUGGGCCCCUGCGCUGUGGUCCCUGCUGCCCUUCCCCGCUCCCUGACCGAGCACACAGCCCUGCUGGCCUCCCUGGGCUGCCUGGGUGGGCCCAGGACCUGAGCCCGCAGCCUGCACAGACGGGGCGGGGCGGCUUUUCCUGGGGGAUGUGGAGCCUCCCCUGGUCCUCCUGGCCUCCUGCUGCCCCCUUAGCUCCCUCCUGGGAGGCAGGGGCCCUGUGGCCUGAGGCAGGAUGGGCCACUGAG